UAUCAAAGUCAUGGCAGGAGAAGAACAGUUAGUUCAGAUGCAAAUACAGCAAAUUAUUUAUCAUAAAGUAUCAGAUCUUUAAUGUUAAAGUUUAUUUAUGUUUAUGUAGGCGGGGUUGGUGCAUCGCUGAUAGUUAUCUGCAGAAAGUGAAAGUAUUUUUAAUGUUGUUUAUAACGAAACUUAAACUGACUUGUGGAGUGGGGCGUACGACGGUUGCACUGAGCGGUUUUUUACUCCUCUCAAAUCAUCGGACAGUAUGUCAAGGUACUCUGCAACCUUAACAAAAGUGAGGAAAGAAGCCAAGCCGAAAGAGCCAAACAAGAGGAAACAAAGACAUGUAUAUCCAUCACAUUCAGUGGAAAAACUCACUGCAGGAUAAAGAAAAUAAGGAAAUCCAGAUAUAAAUGUAACUGUUUCUUCAAACAGGAAGAGCAGCUGGUGAUGUUAUUUCCAAACAUCUGACUUCCACAUCCUGCAGACAUGAAGCAACAUUAUCCAUCUCAUUAGAUUCCUGUUUCUGCCUGAUAAAUACUUGCUGAAGGCCUGAAGAUGAAUGAAUGUGGAUCUGAAGCUGGAUCAGAAUCUGCUCAGAGUGAUCGCUCCAGAGAAUAUCCUCCAGACUUCAGCAUGAAGCGCAAACAACAACAAAGAGCCACUGAAGCCAAGAAGAUGAGGAAAUCUGAGAGUAGAUCAUCAUCAUCAACAAUCAGUUUUAUGUCUGCUAAGAGUGAUCAAUCCAAAGAAUAUCCUCCAGACUUCAGCACUGAACCCAGAACUUCCAGAACAAGCAGCCAGACGGCAUCAAGCUUUCAGCAGAACCCAGACACACUGAAGGUGUUUGAAUCCAAAGCUGUGGCCAUUGUAAAGCAAGCUGUGAAACAACAUAAGAAGGUCCUUUCUACAAAACAUGAAGGACUGUUUAAGGAAGACGAGCAGGAGGAUGAACCCCCUGAUUCGCCGGUUGAGUUUGAUGAUGAAACAAGUGAAGCAGCUCUGAAGAUUGCCCUCCAUGUUUUGAGGAAGAUGAAUGAGGAGGAACAUGCUCACACACUUGAACAAAGUCAUUAUGGAGAACUUGGAGUGUAUCAACGCAAACUAAAAUCUUCCCUGAAGACGAAAAAUGAGAACUUGUUGGAAGGGAUAAGUGCAGAGCAAUGCCCUGUGCCUUUCAAAGACAUUUACACACAUAUCUACCUGAGAGAGGGGGACAGUGGAGGAGUCAACAAUGAACAUGAAGUGAGACAAAUUGAGAUGGCGUUCAACAGACAGAAAUAUUCCGAAAGUAUGAUCAAGUGCGAGGAGAUCUUCAAGCCCUUACCCAAACAAGACAGACCAAUCAGAACAGUGCUCACCAUGGGGAUAGCAGGCAUCGGCAAAACAGUGCUGACUCAGAAGUUCAUGCUGGACUGGUCAGAGGGGAAAGCCAAUCAAGACAUCCUGCUCCUGUUUUCAGUUCCUUUUAGGGAGUUGAAUUUGUUAAAAAAUAAGAAGCAAAGCUUGAUGGAGCUCCUGUGUAACUUCUCUUCAGACCUGAAAGAAUCUGGAAUCAAAGACCUGAAAAUUUACAAAGUUCUGUUCAUAUUGGAUGGUCUCGACGAGUGCAGACUCCCUCUGGAUUUCAAGGGAAAUGAGAGAUGUUGUGAUGCUACGCAAGCAGCCUCAGUAGAUGCUCUGCUGACAAACCUAAUUGCAGGUAACCUGCUACCAGAAGCUAAUCUGUGGAUAACUACCCGACCUGCUGCCGCCAGCUGCAUCCCUCCACAGUAUGUUGACCGAGUGACUGAGAUACGAGGCUUCAACAACCGACAGAAGGAGCAGUACUUCCACAAGAAAAUUGAAGACGAAAACUUGGCCAAAAGAGUAAUUGCAAACAUAAGGUCAGCAAGAAGUCUCUACAUCAUGUGCCAUGUACCGGUGUUUUGCUGGAUUUCUUCUAUUGUCCUGGGAAACAUGUGUGCCAAAGCAGGAGGAGGAAAAAUGCCAAAGACUUUGACUCAGAUGUACAUCCACUUUCUGGCUCAUCAGACCACAAAGAAGCAUGUCAAGUACGGCGAGGAGCAAGAACUGGAUGCCCAGGGGAAUAACAAGGUGAUCAUGUCCCUUGGGAAGUUGGCCUUCCAGCAGCUGGAGAAAGGCAACCUGAUCUUCUAUGAGGAGGAUCUCAGAGACUGUGGUAUUGAUGUCAAAGAAGCAUCUGUGUACUCAGGAGUGUUCACUCAAGUCUUCAGGGAAGAGUUCUGCAUGCAGCAAAAAGUCUUCUGCUUUGUGCAUCUGUCAGUUCAAGAGUUUCUUGCAGCUUUGUAUGUCCAUGUGAUGUAUAAGGUGUCUGCUGAAAACCUGAUGAUUGGAUCUAAACAGAUGACCCAAACAACGCCUGUAUCCGAACUGCACAAAGCUGCAGUGGACAGAGCUUUACAAAGCAACAAUGGCCACCUCGAUCUCUUCCUGCGUUUCCUCCUCGGACUCUCUCUGGAUUCCAGUCAGGCUCUGCUCAGAGACCUGAAGAUACAGGUAGAAACCUGCGACUCCCAAAGUCAUGAAGAAACCAUCAGGUACAUCAAAGAGAGAAUCAGUCUUUUGACCCAUCAUCCAGAGAAAUACAUCAAUCUCUUCCACUGUCUGAAUGAGCUAAACGACCACUCUCUGGUGGAGGAGAUCCAGAGCUACAUGGAGUCAGACCAAGACUCAGUGAUGGACGAGCGCUCUGCAGCUCAGUGGGCAGCUCUGGUCUUUGUCUUGCUGACCUCACCAGAGAAGCCAGAGGAGAUCCAGCUCAAGAAAUACUGCAGGACAGAAGAAAGCCUUCUGAGGCUCCUACCAGCCAUUAAAGCAUCCAAAUCAGCAAUGUUGAAUGAUUGUAAUCUCACUGCACACUGCUGUGAGACUCUGUCCUCCACUCUCAGCUCAAACUCUAAUGAGCUGAAUCAUUUAAAUCUCAGUGACAACAACUUACAAGACUCAGGAAUUAAACUUCUCUGCAACGGACUGAAGAGCCAACACUGCAGACUGAAGACGCUGAGGCUGAACCGAUGCAGUCUCACCCAGAGAUGCUGUGAGAACCUGGCUUCAGUCCUGAGUGCUUCAUCACCUCUCAGAGAGUUCGAUCUGAGUGACAACGACAUCAGAGACUCAGGAGUUAAGCUGCUCUGCACUGGACUGGGAAAUGUGGGCUGUAAACUGGAAACCAUCAGGUUGUCAUUCUGUAACAUCACAGAGAAAGGUUGUGGUUUCUUGGCCUCAGCUGUGAAGUCCAACCCGUCCCACCUUGGAGAGCUGGAGUUGAGCUACAAUCACCUUGGAGAAAGUGGAGUGAAGCUCAUCUCUGAAGCUCUGGAGGAAGGACGAUGUGAAUUUACUAAAUUCAGAGUCGACCACAAUGCAGAACACUGGUUUACACCAGGACUGAGACAAUAUGCAUGUGAGCUCACAGUGGAUACAAACACAGCCCACAAACUCCUCAUCCUCUCUGACGAGAACCGAAAAGUUAGUCAGGCCCAAGAGGAGCAGCCGUAUCCUGACCACCUGGACAGGUUUGACUACUGGACCCAAGUCCUGUUCCAACAGGGCCUGAGGGGCCGCUGCUACUGGGAGGUGGAGUGGGAGGGAUACUGGGCUGGGAUGGGAGUGACCUACAAGGACAUCCGUCGCAAAGGUCAUGACCAUGACUGUGUGAUGGGAUACAAUGGGAUAUCUUGGGGUCUGCACUGCUCUGCUCAUGGUUACCGAGUGUAUCAUAACUACAAGAGCAUCGUCCUUCAUGUCCCUCUGGCUGGUUCUCGCAGACUGGCGGUGUAUCUGGACUGGGAGGCUGGCAUCCUGUCCUUCUACAGAGUUUCUACUGGAGGAUCACUGACACACCUGCACACCUUCCACACCAAAUUCACCAAACCACUGCACCCACUUUUUAAAGUUUGGGGUAGGGGCUCUUCAGUGAGGCUUGUUAAGUGAAACAGCUUAAACAGAAGAAAAGACUUGAUUAGUCAUUAUUCAUAUUAACAUUGAAACUAUCAAAAUGAUCAGUUUUACUCAGAGUUAUAUGACAUUAUCUCCCAGAGCAAAUUUGAUAAUAAUAACAAAUCAACCCAUUUUAUUGAUAUAGAACCUUUCAAGCAAGAAAUGCAGCUAUAAAUGCUUCACAUAAAGAGAAAACUUCAUAUAACUGACAAUUAUAAAUACUAAAUGUAUUUCUAUCCCUUUACUGUGCGCAAAGUACAAUGUACAGUGUGAUUCAACCCCAGAUUGAACUCCUCCAGAAUUAUGAUAUUUGUGUGUAAAAUGUAUUGAUUAUUUUUUGCUUGUUCAAACAUAUUUUAACUGAAGACAGCGUUUUGCAGUAUUACUUUGGAGAACAGAACAUGACGAAAACAAUGUUACAAUGGCUGAAUGUUUUAAGUUGAACUAUACAUUAAGGUGUUUUCAUUUUUACUAUGUUUUCAAGUUUUACCUGAAGUUUGCUGUCUUUAUCUUAUAUUCUUAACGUUGAUUACAGACCUUUAAGUGCCAGUUUUAAGUGCUUUAAUCAGCAGGUGUUUUGAUGCUAAUAUCUGAAAUCUGAAAUCAGUAUAACCAGAAGAUUUGAGAUGAAAGUGAAUUCAGAUGUGUUUAAAAUAUUAUUACUAUUAUACUCAGUAGUUCUUGAUCAAUUUAUUUCUUGUUUUUCUUCUUUAUAUAUAUUUUUUUACUGUAAUCAUGUUUGCAUUUGUUUUAGGUUUAUUUGUGCUUACUUUAGACAGAUGUCAGAGGGCCUCGGGAGAUCUCCUCCUUUGAGGUUUUUCUCUCAUGGCACUAAUAGUUAAAGUAGUUAGACACAUUCAUCUUUUACCCUCCUCUUGUCAGUUGGGAGGAGGGAGGUUUGGCCAGCGUACCUGUGAACUCUGUCAGGACUCUUCAUUUCUUUUGAGGAUCCUUUGAACCUGAUUGUUGAGUCUGACAGAGCCGACAGGACACAGGGUAGAUAACUGAAGGUUUAAUGUUAACAUGGAAUGCUAAAAGGGGGAAGGGAAAUGGAAACUAAUACCCUUAUUGCCUUAAUUAAAAAUACCUGUUAGGGUGAUGAAUAUGGGAUGUCUGUGACACAUGCAGCUGUAUGUACAAAUACUGAACUUCUUCAGCCUAGCAAACUGGGAGAUGAACAUUUGCAAAUGUGAACUGGUUAUUGCAGUAAAACUCUUUAUGUUACCUCAUCCUUAAAUUUCCACGACAGAGAUCAGAGCAGAGAAAUGUGCAGAAAAAUGUCCUGAAAUUGACACAUCACAGGUUUGAUCCCCAGCUGUCCAUCCUGCAGGCAGAUCCUUUAACUGUUGCACCAACUGUUCGAGUUUAGGUGUCAUUUUUCUAUUUUUUCAAAAAUUCAAUUCAAUUCAGAAAAAUUCAAGAACAAACCAUCUUGUAAUUGCAACAUUUUAAUACAAAACACAGGAAACAGUUGUUUAUUUACAGAGAGCUUUCUGUUGAGCCAAUGAACAGCUGAACCCAAAUAAUAAAACCCUGUAAACAUGAAGAGUAAAAAAACCUGCAGAAGCAGGAAUCAAACUGAACUAAUGAAGAAGACAUGAACAGACUCUGGUCACAGAGUUUAUACUGUGUUCAAGUGUUGCGCUGGUGCCAGAUUCAUUGAGUUUGAUGUAUAAUGUGUUGGUCGCGGCUUGUAGUGAUGAACCUACAGAGAAUUAUCAGUGACUCUGCAGAUCCUCUCAGCUUUACGCAGCUUUAUGGUGAGUUUCAGCUCAUUGUUUAUCUGUCCGGCUGCAACUUUACUGUUCUGGUUCACUCUCAGCGCUCUCAUAGUGUCGUUUUGGGCCACAGCAGGCAGCUGUUUUUAGAGAAAAAGCUGUAUAAAGCCACUGUACACUAUCUGCUCAUUCAUUCAAAUAAGAAUUGCAAUUAAUCGGAGAAUCGUUUUUUUUUUGUUUUGUUUUUUUUAUCCAGCCCUACUGUUAACAACAAUAGUCUAAUUAUAGGAGUCUAAGUUUUAAACACGACCAAAAUCUCUCUAAUCAAGGAGAUGACUUUGUUAUUUUUUAUUCUGUAGCUGAUAACAUCAGGCUAUUUAACUAAUAUUUCCAUACAUGUAGCUUCGCAAAGCUAGAAAACCCAAAAUACCUCAGUAAAAACUUAAAAGAUCCCCUCCAGUCAUGUUUUAAGACAAAUAUUCAGCUUGGAAUACUAAUUUGUGUCUGAUAUAGUUUUUCCACAAAAAAGUUAAAUUACGUGGGUUAAAAUUCUCCCUCAUGUAAAAAUCCAGAAUCUCUGAAUAUGUAAAUAUUGUUCAUGUCUCCUCCUUCACUGUAAAGUCCAUUCUCAGUAUAUGCACUUGUAUAAGUUCAUGCUUGACCAUAAUUGGCUCCAAACUAGCUGUGAUGUCAUAAAUCCUAACAGUAUGUCCAGGUGUUAAACUGAGAUUUAAGGUGAGC